UCCACUUGGCCAAGUUUCUUCAGUUCUUUUUAACAUGAAUUUCACAUGUGCUUUGAUUCUGCUUUUGGCUGCCGUUGUCAGCGCCAAUGAAGUGGACUGGAAAUCCGUGAAGUCAUUGGACAUUGAGCCCAAUGUGCCCAUGACUCGUCGUCACGAUUCACCAGCUGGACGCAUCACAAAGGGUCAGAAUGCUGCACGCAAUCAGUUCCCCUACCAGGCGGGUCUCCUGCUCUACGUUAAUGGUGGCGCUGCGUGGUGCGGAGGCACUGUGAUCAGCAAUCGCCAUAUUAUUACCGCUGCUCACUGUACAGAUUCGCUAACCACCGGUGUGGAUGUCUACCUGGGUGCUUGGGAUCGUACCAACAGCAAGGAGGUGGGACAGCAGAUAAUCUUCGUAGAGACCAAAUACGUGAUUGUUCAUGAGAACUGGCAAUCAGAUACAAUUACCAAUGAUAUUUCCAUCAUCAAGCUGCCCGUGGAAAUCGAGUUCAACGAAUACAUUCAGCCAGCCAAGCUGCCCGUCAAGAGUGGCCAGUACAGCACAUAUGCUGGCGAACAGGCUGUCGCCUCCGGCUGGGGCAAGACUACAGAUCAGGCAACCGCUGUCACCGACAUCCUGCAGUAUAUUACGGUGCCCAUCAUGAACAACUCGGGCUGUUCACCUUGGUUUGUUGGUGCCGUGAGCGCAACGAACAUUUGCAUCAAGACUACUGGCGGCACCUCCACCUGCAACGGCGACUCCGGCGGUCCUUUGGUCUUGGCUGAUGGUAGCAACACCUUGAUUGGUGCCACUUCCUUUGGCAUUGCUCUUGGUUGCGAGGUUGGCUGGCCAGGCGUCUUCACACGCAUUACCUCCUACCUGGACUGGAUCGAAGCUAACUCGGGUGUGGUUAACAAGGGCAACUAAAUACCGAUUUAGGCUUUGAAUAAAGUCAUUAUACGUCUAAUAAUCCAAAGAAAACGAUUUUAAUUUAAGUCAGCUAUCGGAGAUAAAAAAGGGAAAAAAAGUAACAUUAAAAACAAGUAAGAGUACUUUAGUCGGUACUGAUUGACUUGCAGAUACCCUGAAGCUUGAGCUCUGCAGAUUGCGCAGAUUUGCGUAUGAGCUAUACUUAAGUAACCUAAUUGUAGAAUAUCUUUUCUUCCAGAUGGAUUUUCCUAAUAAAUUUUCAGACCAUAA